UCUGCACUCAAAGCCGUAUUUUUGCAAUCAUGGAUAACGAAAUAUAUUUUCUCAAAGAGGAAAUAAUCCGUUUAAAAGAAGAAAACGAAAGCUUGCAGCAGGAUGGACAAUUGGCAGGAGAGAUUGGGAAGAAUUUGCUCGAAAAUAACCAGGAAUUGGAAAGAAAACUUGAAGAAGUGAACAACGACUACAUAACAACGUUAGGGAAUCUUGAGGAACUAAAGCAAGAGAAUUAUUCUUUGCGAUCCAGACUUGAGACAGAAGUUCGAACCAACUCAAACCAUGCCCAUGAAUUGGACGACUUGAAGGUAAAGCUUCAAAAGGAAUUCGAAGCGAAAGAAAAAUCUCAACAGAUGACAACAGAAAAAAAGAUCUGUGAACUGAGAAAAGAAAUAGAAUCUCUGCAAAACGAUAUCAGCAAGCACACGCUGGUAGAAAUUCAGCUGCAAGAAAAGAUUAAGAAGCAGGAUGAGAUGCUACAAGCUGCUCGCCGAAGCAGCGAAGAACUGCAACACAAAGGACGAUCACGAUUAGAGAGUAUUGAAGAGUACAUCCAUUUAGCCUCCGAGCUCUCAGAAGAGAGGGAUGCUUUGACCAUGAAGCUGGCUGAUUUGAAAGAUAGUCAGGAGAGAAUUUUAUUCGACAGAAACGUACUGAAGGAAAGAGUUGAGCAUCUUGAGGAAGAACUCCAAGAGAAGGCUCGACAAGGGCAAACCUGGUUUAACUGUUUACAGGAAGCUCGCAACGAAGCAGGCGAGUUAAAAGCUGAACUUGAAAACCUAAAGGCAGACAAUGCCAGGAGAAACUUUGGAAAACAAGGAAAUUCUCUCUUCGGAGAGGUUGAGGACCAGCGAUUGGAACUUGAGAAGAAAUAUGGAAGUCUACGAGCCAGACACGAGGGUGCGAUGAAAGUGCACAACAUGACGAAACAACAUCUACAGAGACUGAAGAAUCAAGUAGCGACUCUGCUCCAAGUCAAGAGCUGUCAUGCAGACGCCUCACAGAUCCAAAGGCUCACCCAGGCAUUGGUGCAGAAAGAAGGCGAGGUGAAGAUGUUGAACACAAAGAUAUCAAGUCUAGAGAAGCAGAAGGAAGAGCGCAACAUAAGCAGCCGUUUGAUGGAGUUUCACGACGCAUUCUCGGAGUUUGGAGACAAGAAGGACUACGUGAACUUUCUUCAGUUACAGCUUGAAGAUUCCAAGAAAGCCUUGGCAGCACUGAAUAAAGAAUUGCAGACAAAAACAUUACUUCAGUUAUCCGAAACUGACAGACUUCGUCACACUGAACAUCAACUGCAUGUGUCCGAGUCUAACGUCGAGCGACUGAACGGUGAAAAUAUCAAGCUUAGGUUGAAAAUUGACGACUUACGACUGAAGCUGCAGAGCCAUUCUCAAAAAGACCCUCAAAAUGUCUCUCAAACAUCCACCUCGUCUGGUCUCCGGAAAACAAAAUCCGCCAUUUUGCUCAGCGAGGCCAAUUCAAAAAAUACCAGAACAUCAGCACUCAUAAAAAAAGGACAAGAAAAUACCGUGUCAAUUAAUGCAAAGGUUGCGAAACUAGAGCCCUCAAUUUUAAAACCUCCUGUUGUUCUGGUUAACACUCUUGACACAACAAGCGACAAAAAACAACGAGGCAGCGAUGUGACUUUUCCUUUACAAGUUGAAUCUGCUGCAGAAAGUUUAAUUACCAGCAAUGUACCACGGAAAUUGCCUUUAUCAAGUAAUGACGUCGAAAACGAGGCCAAAAGUAAGGUAGAAUUGAAAAGAAAGCCGAUGGUGCGCUUUCAAACUGCAACGGACGACAUCGAUUUAUCAGAAACUCAAAGCACGCAUGACAAUGCACCGGACUAUGGAGGGCUCUUGAAAGAAAAUUCUCAACCUGAGGAGAGCCACAAAGAACAGAUGCCCUCGGUCACUGUGAGAGGACAGAAAACUGCUCCUGUUGUUAUCAACGUCAAGAAGGGUGAGACCAAAAAUCAAUGUCCCCAGCAAUGAUGGAGGAGAUAAAAAAUCUCGAAUUUACGAAAGUUUUUAAAUUUAGAUUGGAAACUACCGAAAUUAAAUUAAACCCUCCCGAGGGUUAUCUGCUUCACUUCAUUAUGUAAAUUGACCUCGUAUUCGGAAUCCGAGGUCAACUCUCGUCCUUCGCUUUCACUCCUUGUUUCGAGUUAAUACAUGCAAGGUAAAUGAAAAGGAAGUUUAAUACA